AACUUUACUUCAGCAUGACAACUAAAGUGUUUUGGCUCCUCUGCUUUCUCAUUAGAUCAUCUUCCAGCUCAGUGGCCGGAUCCCUGCCCUAUGCUGGGAAACCCAUUCAGACCCUCAGCAAAGAUGCUUACACUUCAGCCGUCUCCACACCUGGCCAAGUCAAACUCCCAGCCUGGGGCACCAGCAGCGCUGGAGAAAAUCACACCGAACGGUGGCUUCUGUCCCCCACGAACAUGCAGUGGCCAAAACCUCCUGAAAUCCUCUCCCUCUCAUCAGACAAAAAGAAACGAACCAAGUCUUCUCUAGAAAACAAUACAGGGCUGAGGAAGCACCUCAGUCGGUACGGAGGGGCCCUGGCUCUGGAGAAUCCUACGGAGGGGCCCUCUCUUACCUCCUCGGACUUCAAUCACGCCAACAGAAAGUAUACGGACAGACGGCUGGCGGAGGCUGCCAACAGCGUGUCGGCUCAUUUCCAUCACGCAGCGUCUCCCUACCAAAAGAUCAGAUCCUUAGAAGAGGCGCAUCCUUUCCCAGAGCCUGGAGCGGUGGAGUCGGGGGAUGCUAACACGCUGCAUCACUUCAACCGACCAGGCAAGAUAAACCCCUACAAGUACACUGAUCCCUUAGAAAAGAUCACCAAACCCUCCUGGGUCACCAACCGCCAGUCGCCCAGCUUGCUAUAUCAUUUCAGCGUGCUAAAGAAAGAUGCCGACAAGGAGGAGGCAUGUCUGAACGAGUGCGGGAAAGAGAGAGACGAGGUGGAGGCCUACUGCACGAGCGAAUUUGCAGUGAAUGGAAUUGUUUAUAACAUGGAAAGACUGGGGAAUGGAGUCCACUUGAUUACUCUUUUGGUAAACAGCGAUGGAUUAUACAAGAUGAGUCGCCUGUAUAUUACUCCUGAUGGUUUCUUCUUCCGGGUUCACAUUCUAGUUGUGGAUACUUUAAACUGCAGUAAACCAUGCCCAGACUUUAAACUUGGCAGUAGAUACAUUGUGAUGGGUCGGAUCUACCACAAGAGACGACAGAUCCCCGCGACCCUGCUGCAGUUCCUGCGAGGGCGCCUGAGGCCAGGGGAUGGCUUGCUUAGGAGCAGCAGCAGCUACGUGAAAAGAUUCAACAGGAAGAGGAAUCGCAAAGUGCAAGGGGCUCACACGAAAUGUGGAUAAGGCUGCGGUAACCUCCUUUUAGGACACAGACAGCAGUACAGUUCAGCCACCAGAAUAAACCUGGUUUAGCAAUGAGAGGCAUUUCCACUUCAGCCUGACACUGGCUGUGGCAGGCACUUGUUUCUGUGCUUCAGCAGACACUAACCGAAUGUUCUGACUAGGUACCUACAUAUUGUGAAAUACAGCACAAAAAGCGUAAAGAACAUUAACUGUUCAUGAAUUUUCUCUAGCUGUUUUCUCAGGCUGUUAUUGCCUCCUCCACUAAAAUGUAUUCCUAAUAAUCUGUAGUAAUUAUAAAGUGAAAUUCUGGAGGCAUUGUUCUAGGUACACAAAAAGUAACUGAACUUCAAAAGCCUUAACCUUGAAAAGUGUUAGAUAAUACCAUAGUUUUAUCGGUAGAGAACGUCAGCUGUGUUUUCACACAACUCUGCUUAAAGCACUCUACGCAUUUAAUUCAAAAGAAUCAUUCCUGUUGUUCUGGUUUCCUCAGACAUGUCCAUAGUUCUGAUAAAACUUACACCAUUUUUCAAGUGGAGCUGCAUUUUCAUAUAAAGCACACAAAAUAGCUAUGCAAUUAUCCAAGUAUAUGAAUUCACUAACUGAAAGCAAAUCAAAUAACUGCAUAACACAAAUGCCCAAUUAGGCUUACAAGUAACUGCAUAAAUUGAUGCCAAGGAAUGCAAAAUAAGCAUGCAAUUGCAUGGACAUUUUGCAUGCCUGGUUACACUGUUAGUGCCUUAAACUUCAGUUCUAGAACUGUGUACUGAAUGUAAUUUUCCUGUGAGAAAUGUUAUCAAGUUUGUACUUGCACAUCAGUAAAGUUACUUUUAAGAUACAGUCUUUUACUUUUAGUACCCUUGAUGUGGUGAGAAUGCAAGACAUUAAUUAAAUGAAACCCCUGCAAGGGGAUUUUACUAUUUACUAUUCCAAGAGUCAAUAUUUCCCACAAAUCAUGGUCUUUAAAAGAAACUAAUAAAGCAUGAAUUCGUUUUUGGGUUCACUGUUCACUGUUUAUGAAACAAAGGCAUCUACAUGUUUGAAGAGCCAGCUACUAUUUUAAGAUACAAUUCAGACAGUGGUGCAGAAAAGUAACUGCUUCUUAAUACUGCUAGUAAGGAAAAGCAGUAGCUCAGAGUGCAUGCACAGAAAUGCCCAUAAAGAAUAUCGACCUUUUGAGCCAGAAGACUCUUUACAGCAAUGAUACCUUACAACUGUUUUAUAUAGCAUUGCAAUGCAAAUGUUCUGGGAAUAGUGUGAGGAAAAGAUUUUAGAGGAAAAAUUUUUUAUAAGUAUAAGGGGAAAUUGCAGUCUUAGGUUAAAAAACAUCUCCCCCACCCCACUUCCACGGAAUGACAUCUUUGAUAUGACCUGGAACAGCAAGCAGCGGCUCCUACAAGCAUUUUGUUUUGACGCAAGGUUAGUUCUGACAUCAAUUCUAUUUCUCUUCAAAGUCUGCAGCUUGGUUUAGUAUCACGGAAAAGCUAGAGUGGUGGAUAAGGAAAAAAAUAUUUUAAGAAAUUUUUUAUGUAAUGUAUUUCUUGAUAUGGAAUAGGAGAUAAAAUACUGAUAGCAAACAUCACCGUUUCCUGAAAUCCUAUCAAUUGUAAACCAGUACUUAUUUACAUUUUAGGACCCAGAAGACUUUUACUACAGGACAGAAAUCUGCUGGCAGCUUGUGUCUACCUAAAAAAAUAUUAUACUGUCUCACUUCUGCUAUGUGAAAGAAGAGUUUGCAUGGAGCAUGACAUAUAUUGAUGAAUUUUUCCUGAGUUUAAUAAGGGGGCUUUUUGCUUUGGCAGAAUGACUACUCCUGGCAGCAAAUCAAAGCACUGGAGUGGACC